ACCUAGAGACAGGCAAAAGUAAGCAACCAAGCCAACAACACACUACUGAAUCAAUCAAAUACUAUUGCUUGUAAAAUGGCACAAAAUUUUUCUCUGUUUAGACCAACCAUUCUCAUGCAACUGAUUAAAAGGAAUGGGAACUCAUUUUUAAUUUUUCUUUUUACUCCAAAUUGCAUACAUUUACACCAUUCACCUCGAUUAUUCUAAAUAUAGCUCAACGACAAGAUUUUCGAAAAGAGAGAAAUUUAUGAAUAUAACUCAUAUUCACUUUGGUUCGGAUGGAUUAUGACGAAAAAACAAUACUACCUUAAUUAUUGCCUUGGGUGCUCAAAAGAUUGUUGCUCGUAAAACCCUUGAUUCCAGAUUCCAGAUAGUGGAAGAAGUCCUAUGACAUGAAUCAUAAUGGGCUAGUUUCAGUUAAAGGCGAUCGAAGCAGUUACAAAUCCACAACCUGACUUUAGUGCCUAACGAUUUCCUCCACCUGCCAGAAAGUAGCUUUGCAUGCUCAAAGCCAUAACCCUUUGCUCGUCAUCUUUCUGUUUUUACCAGUUGAUAAAAGACGAUAAUGCCUGGGUUAGUAGUAGUACAUAGCGUGUUCUGCAAGAAAACCAAAGGGAUGGGGAAGAAACCAAUAUCAAUAUCCUAUCAUUGUUAGUUCCUAUAAUCCUAUCCCAUCUCCACUCUCACAACACACACCUCAGAUUUUUCCCCAAUCUCCAUUAUUUUAGUUUGUUGAUGCCCAUAAGGAACCUGUAACUUCUUCAAUCAUUAUUCUCCCCUCUACUUCAACAAUUUCAUUCCUAACACAUUUUGUUGUCUAUAUAAACUCCAACCUUAGAGGAGUUCUUCAGACAUCAUUCACUCUGCACAUUGAAAAACACACAGAAAAAGAAAAAAAAUGGGUAUCCAGAAAUCUCUGUUGAUUGCUCUGUCGUUGGCUCUGGUCCUCGGCGUAGCAAACUGUUUCGACUACCAUGAGCACGAGCUGGCAUCGGAGGACAGCUUGUGGGAUCUCUACGAGAGGUGGAGGAGCCAUCACACCGUCUCCACGAGCCUCGACGAUAAGCACAGGAGGUUCAAUGUGUUCAAGCAGAACGUCAUGCACGUUCACGAGACCAACAAGAUGGACAAGCCUUACAAGCUGAAGCUCAACAUGUUCUCCGACAUGACGAGCCACGAGUUCAAGGAUGCUUACGCCAACUCCAAGGUCCACCACCACGUCAUGUUCAGGGGAGCACCACGCGGGAACGGGACGUUCAUGUACGAGAAUGUUGGGAGGGUGCCGCCCUCUGUUGAUUGGAGGAAGAAAGGUGCUGUUACCCCUGUGAAGAAUCAAGGCCAGUGUGGUAGUUGCUGGGCAUUUUCAACUGUCGUAGCCGUGGAAGGGAUCAACUAUAUCAAGACAAAGAAGCUCGUGUCAUUGUCUGAGCAGGAAUUGGUUGACUGCGACACUUCAGAGAACCAAGGAUGCAAUGGAGGGUUGAUGGAGUAUGCAUUUGAAUUCAUCAAGGAAACCGGUGGGCUUACCACGGAGGACAAGUAUCCUUACCAUGCUGCUGAUGGUAGCUGUGAUUCUGUCAAGGAGGAUGCACCAGUUGUGUCCAUUGACGGACAUGAGAAUGUGCCCAAGAACGACGAAGAUGCGCUGCUGAAAGCUGUUGCAAACCAGCCUGUCUCAGUUGCCAUUGAUGCUGGGAGCUCGGAUUUCCAGUUCUACUCAGAGGGUGUGUUCACUGGAAGCUGUGGAACAGAGCUGAACCAUGGAGUUGCAGCUGUAGGGUACGGAAUCACCUUAGAUGGAACCAAGUACUGGAUUGUGAAGAACUCGUGGGGAGCUGAAUGGGGUGAGAAAGGCUACAUCAGAAUGCAGAGAGGCAUCUCAGACAAGACAGGGCUUUGUGGCAUAGCAAUGGAGGCUUCGUACCCCGUGAAAACCUCCUCCAACCCAACCCCCCACUCUUCUUCCCUCAGAGAUGAACUCUAAAUUCACUAUACACCCAUGAAAGAAGACACAGAUUUCUCAUGCUAAUUUCAGUUCCAUUUCCAGUUUCAGCACUUCUCUUCUUCUUACUUCAUGUACCCAGUGACUUAAAACCUCAGCAGCUCUACAUGCAAUGAAUAAUAACAAAUAUA